AUGCCGCGAAUACAGCACAUCUGGCUCCGGGUUGAGCUGCUAAAUUAUACAUGCUACAAAUGCAGAGCGCCCCAGAGCAACAAGGAGGCCGUGAGGAACAAUGUCGUAUUUACGAAAUCUCUUUGGAAGCUAUUGGAUAUUCUCUCAAGGUGGGAGAAGACGGACGCCAACCACGGGCAGCAGCUGGCCCUAGAGCUCAGCGCUCAUUCUCCAUGUGACUCAGAGCACCUGCUCAAGGGCGAUAUCGAGCACCAAGACGACUACCCCUACCGCGCCGAGAUCAAUGCACAGAGAGACUACAUCGCACGCCAUCCAAUUGAGAUGCGCAGGCCAGCCGCCACCCUAGAAGAACUAUUUUCGAGGGAUUUUGCAGCCCACGACAUGAACAACCUCGUCUUGCUAACGCCGAACAUGAAGAACCUUGCAGUGUCCUUCGUCAGUGACGCAAAGGACUGUCUACAACCCCAACCACGCACACUCCCGAAGCUCGAGUCGAUCGCCCUGACGUCCCAGCACUGGCUCGAACCCACCCAGGAGGACACCCAGGAGCUCCUGCACCUGGCCGCCAAGGCAGCCCUGCUUAUGCCGAACCUCCAAAUCAUGGAGAUCUGGACCUGCGGGAACGGCCACGCCGCCAUCUUUAGAUACGAAGCCACAGGCACGGCCCACUCGAGCGCCGCUAGGCUUACCUGGAGGUGCUCUUGGGAUGCUGAGGAGAACCCUAUCGCGUGGGACGGUGUGAUCGAGGCCUGGAGGCAUGUGGCUACCACUAGUGCAGGGCGUGAGCUCAGGUUCACGGAAGACCCGCUGCCUCAGGGCUCACACCGGUACGAGAAGUACGGCGCAAUCCUCCACCAGUUGAAGCUGAGGAACCUGAUCCUCGACCCAAUCUCUGUGAUGCAGGUGCGCAUGGGGACGGGUGCGGAGGACGAGCCUGAGGUGGAGGAGUGGAGACCAUGUGUGCCAGAUUCAUAUUGGUCACACAGAUGA